AUGGGGUCUGAUCCAGACUCCUUACGAGAGGAGGUCGUGAGAGAGCUACGGAUCGAGCGGAUCCGACAAGCGCAGGACGAGGAGUCGUGGAUCAUGGGCUUGAAGAAAUAUCUAACCGGGGAGAUCCGGGAUCUGACACAAGAAGAGGCUAGGAUGUUCGGAUCCAUUGCCAUGAAUUACGAGGUGGAUCAGCUGGAUCUACUCUUCUAUUGCCCGACAUCUAAGGAAGCGGCCGCAGAUCGAGAUAAGCUGAUGCGACUAGUGAUACCUGAGACGCUUCAACAGGACAUUCUGCACCACUAUCACACGAGCCUACAAGGCGGUCACCAAGGGGUAGGCAAAGGAAGACCUCGGAUCCAGGGAGAGUCGCCUGGUAACCUGCAGGCAACGUAUCCAUUUCAGAUCAUUGCCAUGGAUCAUAUACCCUCGCUGCCUAGAUCUUUCAACGGUAACACCGAAUUGCUGAUUUUCGUGGAUCUGUUCUCGGGAUACGUGAUCGCCAAAGCUAGUGCCUCCAGAUCCGCUCAAACAAUCGCCGAGACUUACGAAGAAUGUGUCUUUCGACGAUUUGGCGCGAGCGAGGUGAUCCGACAUGAUCGGGAGCCAGGCUUUAUGUCUGAUUUCUUCAAGUCGUUUAACAGAAUCCUGGGACAACGCCAACGGGCCACUAUGGCAUAUGCCAAUGGGUCUGCGGAACGUAUGGUCCAGACAACUACCAGGGCGCUCAAGAUGUAUGUGGAAGAUCUGGAUCAAGAGAUUGGGAUGAGUAUGCUGAGCGACUCACCUUCGCGAUCAAUACCGCAAGGGAUCGGAUCCGAGGCGAAACACCUUUCUAUAUGA